UAUUUUGCUGACAAUCAAAACGUUUUAUACAAUGUAUUCAUACGGUAUCACAACUGAAUCAAUGAACAGCACAAUGAUUAUUCCUAAUAAUCCGUUCUCAAUGAAAAUCCUUGUUGUGGCAAUAAAUACCAUAAUCGGAUACCACAGGGGAACUGAACUGUUGGGUGCGCUCCCGGUGUUCAGCGCGUGGGAGAAGUGUUCAACAGACUUAUGUUUUGCAUUGCUGUCGUGUUAUGCCGUUAUAUACGCGCGCGAAAGUGGGGGCCGUUUAACACGUUUCCUGUCGACCCGGUAUUGGCGGCCAAUACGGGCCGCACAACAGACCACAUACCUGUUUCACGCGCCGAUUAUAUUGGCAAUUAUUGGGGCCUAUUUGCCCGAAAUAUACACUAUUACCACAAUUAUGGUAACUGCACUAAUUUACCUUAUCAACGAGUUGUCCUACAGUUCCGGUCCAUUUGCCGCCAAU